AUGUCCGGGGCUGCAGGGGUCCUCCGAGCUCUGCCAGCCACCGUCUCCUUCCUCAUCCUGCUCUGGGCAGCUGGCCUGGGUCCCAGGUGCCAGGCCCUGUGGGUGGACCGGGGCCCCCCUUCCGUGACGGUGACCAUGGGGGACGAGGCCCGCCUGCUGUGCCCGCACAAUGGCAGCAAAGCCAACGUCACCUGGUGGAUCAUCCUGCAGGGCAAUGCCUCAUGCCCCCCCAUGUUCCUGGGCUGGGGCCAGGGCCCCAAGGGCGAGCUGACCAUCCCGCAGGUGAACCGGACCCACGGGGGCAUCUACCAGUGCAAGGUGGAGGACGGCUCACGUACCCAGCGCUCCUGCGGAACCUACCUUCGCGUUGUCCAGCAGCUCCCCACGCCCUUCCUGGACAUGGGUGAGGGCACCAAGAACCGCAUCAUCACCGCUGAGGGCAUUAUACUGCUGUUCUGCGCUGUGGUGCCCGGCACGCUGCUGCUCUUCCGGAAGCGAUGGCAGAAUGAGAAGUUCCGGAUGGACGCCCAGGAUGACUACGAGGAUGAAAAUCUGUAUGAGGGCCUGAACAUCGAGGACUGCUCCAUGUACGAGGACAUCUCCCGGGGGCUUCAGGGCACCUACCAGGACGUGGGCAGCCUCCAGGUGGGAGAUGUGCAGCUAGAGAAGCCAUGACCCAGACCCGCUGUCCUGCAUGCUGGCUCCACCCCUCGUGUCUCUGGCUGGACCUUUGCCAUCUCCUCCCUCCUGGGCCUCCUGCUCUGACCGCACACCUUGAUACCCCAUCCUCCCGGGCCUCCUUUCCAGGAUCCUCUUUCUGGUCCCUCCCUGGGGCUCCCUCCCUGGCUGGGUAAUGAGCCCUUAAUCGCUGCUGCUUCGAGGGGAGCUGAUUGUAGCAGCCUCGUUAGUGCCCACCCCUCCCCACUGCUCUGUCAUGGCCACUUAGUGAUAAUAAAUCCUUUCCAACUGCA